AUGGAAAGAAGAAGGCAGCAUGUUAUGUAUGUGGCAACAAAGACCAUAUGUCUCCAUAAUGCCCAGACAGACUGCUACCAAUGGAAGAAUCAGGAUCAAUAUGUUGACUAUGGGACAAAGCUCAAUCUUAAUCAGAUUGGAGCAACUGUCCCAGCUAAUAUUCCAGCUAUAGUUCCUGGAGCUUCAUCAUCCACAAGUGGAGCAUCAAGUGUUGCGGGAAGCGUUAACACACCUUUGCGACUUGCUGGUACUACAGGUAAUCAAAUGAUGCAAGUUCCUUCUGGAAUGCAGCUCAUGCAGAUUCCAACUCAAGCUGGCGGCACUGUUACUGUCCCUUAUUCUAUGAAUGCUAACGGUGAGAUUGCGUUCAGUGGAAUGCAACUCAGCCAACAAGGCUUCAGUGGUGCUCAAGUGCGCCAAGGAUUUGAUGCAACUCAAGCUCCAACUCGGCAAGCUGUGAAAACUGGAUAUUUUGAUACAUCAAAUGUCUUUCACAAUGCUAUCAAGGGAAAGGAUGAGAAUGGCAAUGAUGUCUAUCUUAUUCCAUGUCCUGCUGGUGCGACAAAUGUUGAGCUUCAAGCCAACUGGCACUAUGCUAGUGAAGAUGAAGAUUUGCCUGAUCUUGCUACUGAAGCAGAUCGAGGUCUGCAGUUUAUUCAAAGCCGCAGAAAGGAAAGAGAUCCAUUUGGGUUGUACGAUGAUGUCAUCAUGGACAGUGGUUGUACAAACACCACCAUUUGUAAUGGUGAGCUUAUGCAUGGACUCCGUCAUGCUGAUAAAGAACUUGACAUGCACACUAACGUGGGCAGCAGAGUUCUCGACGAAGAAGGUUUUCUAGGAAGAUUUCCACCUCCCGUCUAUCACAAUGAAGAUGUAAUUGCCAAUGUACUUGCUAUGGACGAGAUGAUUGCUGCGGGAUACCGCAUUACUAUGGAUACUGAUGCUGACAAUGCUUUUAUUGUGCAUUGUGAUGGAAACCGAAAGAUGCGAUUUGUGAAUUGUAAGGGUGUGUAUGUGUUGGAGCAACUUGGAGCAAAUGUCGAACCAGGUGCCAAAGAGACAAGUGCAAUGUACCGUCGCCAGUUAAGCAACUUAAAUAAUCAACCCCAUUUCAAACUUUCUUCAAACAAACAGAAUGGAUAUGCUGGACUCGAGAUGACCUCCAAGAUGGCAAAUGCAGACAAUGGUGUCGAUGAUUUGCCAGAACUCACUGUCAGAUUCCAAGAAGAUUAUGACUAUGAAUAA